AUGGAAACAUCAAAAAGCCAAGGCUUGUUUAUAAUCAUUGAAGGAGAAAAAAUCAAUCUUGAUAGCUCAAUUCUCAGUGAAAUUAAUGCAAAACUCCCAAUCACACUACCUCACUAUAUAAAUAAAACCCACUUUUCUCAGUUUCUCUAUCUUUGCUCUUCCACCAAACCAAACCUCCAAGAUCACGAUGUAUUAUGUAAAGCCUUCGAAAUUUUUACAAUUCUUCAGCACUCAAAUAGCGUCAAAAUAGCUCAAAACUGUAUAAUUCAAAAACUCAACAAAAAAUCCUCACUCAUUUUCUUUGAUGAAGCCGUUAAUCAGCUAAAGAAUGAAAAUCAAGAAGCUUGAAAAGACAUUUAUGAAGCCUGUCUAGCAAAAAUUGAUGACUAUAUAUUAUCAUAUACGAAAAAUGAUUUUUCUAAGCUGUCAGCUGACUCUAUAGAAGUCUUAAUUGGUAUUUAUUAUUCUCAGCCUAUCGCUUCUUCAUUAAUUCUCGCAUUAAAAAAUAAACGAGAAGCCCUUGGAAUUUUAGAUUUAUUAGUUAAAGAAGAAUCUACUUCAGUUAGGCCUAAUGAUUCUUAUGAUAUUGAAUUCUGCUGAAAUCUGUCUAAGGAAAAGUCAAAUAAUUACUUAGAAAGUGAACCAUUUUUGCUUGAUUUUUUGAAAUUUUCGCUGAUUUUAAUCAGAUUUCCUAACGAAAGCAAGUGUGAGCUCUACCUUCAGCUGUCAAGAAACAAUGAAGAACAAAGGAUAAUAUCCAUAAGCUAUAGCUUACAAAUUUCAGAUAAAUCCAGUUUUGAAACGCUGAACUUGAUAUCAGGACCAAAUUCCCAAUUUUUGAUCAGCUCCUUUGGCUGCGACUCAAUCAAUACUCUUCCAAGCAGCAAAAUUGCUUUAAAAAUAGAAAAAAUCCCUUCAGCAAUCCUCAAUUGCAUAGCUAAAAACCCUAGUGAAACUUUAUUAAUAGAAGACCUGACCCUGCUUCCUCGCACCAAGCUUAGCCUUCUAUUAAGAUUUAAACAUUUAAAAAUAACUAAUGAAGACGAUGCCUUGGAGCUUGUCGGAAGAUUUAUCCAAGAAAACCAAAUUUCUGACGAUUCUUUAUCAGAUUUAUUAUCUCCUUUAAAAUGGGAAUUUAUUACCCUAAAUUCUCUAUUUAAAGCUGUUUUUGCGUAUCCUGAGCUAAAGAAGUCUCAAUAUUUUAUACAGAAAUUCAAAGAAGAAUUGCUAAUAAAAGGAUGUGGGGAAGCAAGGAAACAUAAAGAAAAACCAAGGCUUAGUUAUGAGAAAAGAAUCAAGGAGGACUCAGAAAUUUUCGAUGAGUUGUGCAGCUGUAUUUUUAAAAAUGAGGAAGAGCCAGAAAUAAGAGAAAGUGAAAUUGUAUAUUUGAGCGACAUGAUUGGACAGAAAGAACAGGAACUACAAAAUUUGAAAGGAUCUUAUCACUCUCAUUCUUUUACUCUGGGAACGAGCACUCCAGACAGCCUACAAACGAAAUUGCAUGAAGAAAUUUCCGAUUUCCCUGAGUUUCCUCAGAUUUCUCCGAUCAGAAAGCCUCUAAAAGUAUCAUCCCCACUAAACCCUAUCCCAGAAUUUAUUCCUCAAGUAUAUUUUUUUUCUAUUAAAUUCACCAUUUUUUCCCUUUAUUUCCCCUCAACUUUCCUAUAUUAUCUCAGUAUAAAGCCAGACACUACAGAUACCGCAAUUCUUUCUUUGCUCAAUAAGCUUGAAUUGCUCUAA